AUGGCAAAAGCAACAGCUGAUGAGAAAAUUCUGAGUUACAACGAUGUUGUUCUUAGGCGAUCAGAUCUUGACAUUCUCAGUGGCCCAUAUUUUCUCAAUGAUCGCAUCAUUGAAUUCUAUUUCAGUUAUCUGGAAUCCUGCUAUUCUUCUGAGGACAUCCUUCUAGUACCACCUUCAAUCGCUUUCUGGAUAAAAGAGUGCCCAGAUAUUGGGAGCCUCAAAGGUUUUGUGGAACCUCUAAAUCUUUCUAGGUGGAAUCUAAUAAUUUUUCCCAUCAAUGAUAACACCAACUUGGACAUAGCCGAAGGAGGAAGUCACUGGAGUUUACUUGCAUUUUCGAGAAAUGCUAACGUCUUUGUGCACCAUGACAGCAGUGGUAGAGGUAUGAACAAAGUGCAUGCCAAACGAGUCUAUAAAGCUGUAGUUCCUUAUACAGAUACCAGGGCUGCUUAUCUUGAAUGCUCCAGUACCCCGGUGCAAACGAAUGGUUAUGAUUGUGGUGUAUAUGUUACAGCCAUUGCAAGAUGUAUCUGCCAUUGGCAUCUAAGGGAUGGUCCAAAAGAUUCGGAGGAUUUAUGGUUCUCUGCCAUCAAGGAACAAGUUAGUCCAUUUGCUGUUUCUGAUAUGCGAAGCUCAAUUCUGGAGCUCAUACGUAGUCUAAUGGCCAAUCAGUGA